GUCUCCAUGUCUGACAGCUGAGAGAGGUCUGGGGGAAUUUUUUUUUUUUUUUUGCACAGUGAACUUGGAUUUAUCCCUGGAUAUUAGGGCUGGUUGGACUCAGGACAGGAUGCUGUGGAAACUUGCAGAUAAUGUUAAAUAUGAAGAGGAAUGCGAGGACAGGCACAAUGGAUCAAGCAAUGGUAACCCGAGGUUGCCCCAUUUGUCGGCCGUGAGUCAACACCUGUAUAGCCCAGCUCCCCCUAUGUCGCAUUCAGGGACAUCAGACUUCCAACCUCCAUAUUUUCCACCUCCAUACCAGCCUCUGCAAUACUCUCAAUCUACUGACCCCUAUUCCCACCUCGGAGACCCCUUCUCUUCCAUUAACCAUAUCCACCAAUCGACCACUAACCAACAGCAGGCAUGGCCCAGCAGACAGAAUCAAGAUCACACUGGGAUUUCCCAUCACUCCAGACCCGGCCUUGUCCACCACAUAUCUUCUCUGGAUACCGGGGUAUCGAGACAAGUCAGAGACUCCUACAGAAGAUCUGACCUUCUUCUGCAGCAUGGACAUGGCUUGGAUCCUUCAAAUCUCGCGGAUAACCUGGGGCUUGCAGAUCUUGGCCAACAGAUGGACGAGGUUGUGUCGAUGGAAGAUCAAAACUUGAUAAUACAUGACCAGACAGUCAUUAAAAAAGGUCCAAUCUCUGUUGGCAAAAACAAUGGACUCCACAUGCCCUAUCAAAAGGACGCGCUACUGGGGAUGGUCAUUAACCCUAAUGAAGUUUUUGUUUCGGUGCCGGGGAGACUUUCCCUCUUGAGCUCCACCUCAAAAUACAAAGUGACCGUGGCAGAGGUUCAGCGACGGCUCUCGCCACCAGAGUGCUUGAAUGCUUCUUUGCUUGGAGGAGUUCUAAGAAGAGCAAAGUCCAAAAAUGGUGGGCGGUCUUUGAGGGAAAAACUUGAGAAAAUCGGUCUGAAUCUCCCAGCUGGCAGAAGAAAAGCGGCAAAUGUCACGCUCCUUACUUCACUCGUGGAAGGUGAAGCAAUACAUCUUGCUCGUGACUUUGGCUACGUGUGCGAGACGGAAUUCCCCUCGAAAGCCGUGGCGGAGUAUUUAAGUCGGCCGCACAUAGAAAGAAACGAGAUGGCGAAUCGCAAGAACAUGCUCCUUGCCGCAAAGCAAAUCUGCAAAGAAUUCACCGACCUUCUUACACAGGACAGAACUCCUAUCGGUAACGGCAGACCCAGCCCUAUCCUUGAACCCGGCAUCCAAGGGUGCUUGGCGCAUUUUAGCCUAUUAUCGCACGGUUUUGGAAGCGCUGCCAUCUGCGCGGCCAUGACCUCCGUACAAAACUACCUGAACGAGUCAUUGAAGAUAGCAGACAAAAUGUACAUGAACUCUGGUGAGCAAAGUCCAGGUGAAAGCAAAAACCUGGAUAAGAUGGACAAGCAUAGAAAAUGAGAACUUGGUUUUACCACCUCCAUUAAUUUUUUUUAAAACCAAUGUCUUGAGGCUGGAACUGUUCUUCCCUGACGCCAGAACCACAGGACCUGCAGACAGACUUGGAUCCUACAAAUUCUUCCCUCUUACCCUACUAUGGCCCCAUGCUAGUUAGUUCCAUCACUGUGACGUGUGCUUUCUGAGAAAGGACUCAUCUGGAUUUUGGAUCCUUAUCGCCUUCACCUUCUACAGACCUCUAAUUUCACACAUUUCAUGGUGAUCAUCUUCAGUCCCUUAUGUUGUCUGCAGUGAUGACGAGGAACACGGGGGAAUUAAAUGACUUUUUGUUCCAGUCUUAU